UAUUUGUCGGCUGUUUUUGACCCUUUUCGUGAGGAAGCCGGAAUCGUUGGUUGAUAUUCUUCGAUCUGCUCACUAUUUCGGCUCAAUUUCGGCAGCGUUGUUCAAGUUAAAGCUAAUUUGAUCAACUUAGAAGCUACUCAAGGCCUGCUACUGUCACAUUUUUCGACUUUUUCCGAUUUAAGACAAACUCUGAAAAAUGACUUCUCCACUCAUUUACGAAAGGAACUGGGCCGACAAAACCAAAUACGAAGACGCCGAAAGGCAGCACUGGGAGCAAGUCUCAAAGGAAGCAGCUGCUGGUGGCAAAUCGAGCGCCCCUCAGCCCCAGCAACAACAGGCUGCGGCUCCGGCACCCGAGCCAGAGAAAAAGCAGCCGGUUGCCAACAUGAAAGAAAGGAAGAACGAGGCCAAUAAAAAAGGCAAAAAGCAAAACUCAGAGUCCGAUAAGGGUCUCUUGCCUCCUGCUAUUAAUCAACAAGAUGAAAAAAUUAGCCUCGCCAGUGAAGUAGCCAAGGCUCGCCAACACAUUAAGUCCUCUCUUGAAUGUGUGGACCGUCUCUCUACCCUGGCUACCAACCAAGGUGGCACAGACCUCGUUCACAGAAUUGUUUCCCUGGAGAAGGAAAAUGACGGCCUCAAGAAGUUGGUCGAGAAGAUGCAGAAGGCUCAGGACUCACUUGAAAGCAGACUGGCUCAGCUUGAAAAGCAAGCUUCCAACCUCGGAGGCUCCACUCCUGCACCCAAAGCAGCUCCCGCCCCUGCCAAGGCCCCCGCCCCUGCAGAUGAUGAUGACGUCGAUCUGUUCGGCUCCUCUGAUGAGGAGGACGAAGAGGCACAGAAGGUCAGGGAGCAGAGACUUCAGGAAUAUGCUGCCAAGAAGUCCAAGAAACCUGCCUUAAUUGCAAAAUCAAACUUGAUCCUUGACGUGAAGCCCUGGGACGACGAAACUGACAUGAAGGAACUCGAAGCAGCUGUCAGGAGCAUUGUCAUGGACGGACUCCUGUGGGGAGCCUCCAAGAUGGUACCUCUGGCAUACGGAAUUCACAAGCUGCAGAUUUCAGCCGUCAUCGAAGAUGAGAAGGUCUCUGUCGACCUCUUGACUGAAUCCAUCGAAGGAAAGGAGGACUUUGUGCAAAGUGUGGAUAUCGCAGCCUUCAACAAAAUUUAAAAGUCUCACAAUAAUUGCCAUUAGAGGACAUAAAUGUUUUGCUUCAAUCGAUUCUUAUGCUGAUGUCAUCCAAAAAUAAAUGUUCCGUGAGUUAAA